UCAGAAAAAACUUGCUUCGGUUGUGAUUUUUUUUCCACUCUCUUUUACGCCGCCGAACCGAGCACUUCUUUACUCGUUUGCGCCGAGAGUCCCGUUUUUUGCUCCUGCUCUGCACCGCGCGCUCGUCUCUUGAUGUAAACAAGCGUAACCGAAGCUUACGCCGCGCCACCCACCGCCGCCUCCUACCAAACGGUUGUAAUUGCAAUUAAUAGCAGAAGGCGGGUCGCCAAAAAAGUGCCAAAAGCCCCCCAAAAAUAAAGCCCAAAAACGUAAAAAAGGGGCAAAAGCACAAGUGCAGAAAAAACGAGACUUGUGCGAGUGUGUGUUGGUGUAUUUUUGGCGUGCGCGGCCAUUUUUUCUUGUUGCCACACGGGAAUCUGCUUUAAGUGUGUUAGUGUAUGUGGAAGAGAAACCAAAAAGAAGAGGAAUAUAAAAAAGCGAAAUUCGCAAACUUAAAAAUAAUAAAAUCAUUGAAACACAUAUAAAAGGCGCAGGAAUGCGUCUCAUCCAACAAGUAAAUUACCGCAAAACCGCAAGCAAAAUACCUCAGUGAAAGAGUGAAGGAGUGGAACCUCCACAGUACCCCUCUCUCUUGCAACAACCACCUACAAUCAGCAGCUGAACACGUGCUCGGUGCGGGCCAAAAUAUCAACAAAAGUUGUCCUACAAAAAUACAGCAAUAAGAAAAACCAGCAUACAAAAAACCUUUUCAAAUUGGUGAGGUGAGCAGAAAAGAGUCAGAGUCCCCCAUACCAGAGGAGGAAAGAGUAGAAGUAGAGGAGGAGUAUCUUGUGUAAGCGGAGUCCGCAGCUCCAAGUGUCGACUGUCGACUGUUGGCUGCUGACUGUCGAUUUGCCCCACAAUCGUUGGUGAGCUCUGCCCCAAGCUGGACGCACGCACAAUCGCCUACCGCCCGCUGACACUUGGGGGCCAUCAGCCGCCGCUUAUGGCCGAAUUGCCGACGGCGCCGAACGGCGUCUCAAGCGGCGACUAUCUCCAUCGCUCCAUUGACCAGCUGCGAUCCCUCACGCACCUCACCACAGCGGAUUUGCGUACAGCACAACUGGUCCACGACUACAAGCCUUUCAACAUCAAUGAGUUUCGCCAGAAUGUUGUGGAGCGGCUGGACUACAGCUUGAAAAAUGGUUUGGUGCAUCACCAACAGCAACAGCAGCAGCAACAACAACAACAACAACAGCAGCAGCAGGAGAUGUUGCAGCAACAGCAUCAGGCACAUCAGGAGCAGCAGCAGCAGCAACAACAACAACAACAGCAACAGCAUCACCAUCAACAGCAGCAGCCGCAUCAUCUAAAGUCCAGCUACAGUGCGCCAAGCUCUCCGCCAACGCCACACGAGCAGCAGGAGCAAAAGUACGAUCCGAAUAGAUCGCCUCCACGCCCGCUCAUGAGCAGCGGCAGCAAUGCCUCGUCGCCGGAAGAUGAUCGCAGAGGCAGCGGCGGAGGACCUGGCGGCGGUGGCGGAGAUGGGGACCAAUCAAAGCCAUACAAAUGCGCCUCGUGCAGCAAAUCCUUUGCCAACUCCUCGUAUCUGUCGCAGCACACGCGCAUCCAUUUGGGUAUCAAACCCUACCGCUGCGAGAUCUGCCAGCGAAAGUUUACGCAGUUGUCGCACUUGCAGCAGCACAUCAGGACGCACACGGGGGACAAGCCGUACAAAUGCCGGCAUGCCGGCUGUCCCAAGGCCUUCUCGCAGCUCUCGAACCUGCAGUCGCACUCGCGCUGCCAUCAGACGGAUAAACCCUUUAAAUGCAACUCCUGCUACAAGUGUUUCGGCGAUGAAAUGACGCUGCUGGAGCACAUACCCAAGCACAAGGACUCGAAGCACCUGAAGACGCACAUCUGCAAUCUGUGCGGGAAAUCCUACACACAGGAGACGUACCUACAGAAGCAUCUGCAGAAGCACGCGGAAAAGGCGGAAAAGCAGCAGCAGCGGCACACCAGUCAGGUGGCUGCAGUGCAGCAGCAUGUGCCAUCGGGUGGAAUCGGUUUGAAUCUGCAGCGCCAGGCAAUGAAUGAUGUGAAUGCCGCGUAUUGGGCCAAGAUGGGGGCGGACAGUGCGGCUGCAUCGCUGGCAGAGGCCAUUCAGCAGCAGUUGCCGCAAGCCAAUGGCCAGACGUACGCGAACUUUGCCUCGCUACAGCAGCAUCAGCAGCAACAGCAGCAGCAGCAGCAGCAGGAGAUGCUGCAGCAGCACCAUCAACGGCUGGCGGAUACGCCCGGCCACUCUCACAGUCCGCAUGAAGACCCCGCCGGCGAGGAUCUCGUCCUGCGGCAGACGACACCACAGCAUCACCUGCAACAGCAACAACAGCAACAGCAGCAUUCACAGCAGCCCUCGCCUGGACCUGGCUCCUCGGCUUUCACUCCACUCAGCGCCACGGCGCCGCCCCCACAUCUGCAACAGCAUCGUGGAGCUCCAGCGGCCACGGCGGCCUAUCUCUACCAGCAGAAUGCGGCAGCGGCGGCUGCUGCCUUUCCCACGCAGCUCAUUUCGCUGCAUCAGAUACGGAACUAUGCACACCAGCCAGGGACAGCGGGACUCAUCAGUGGCGAUCAUCUAACCCUCGGCCUGAGCGCGGUCCAGGCGGCCAAGGAAAAGGCCCAAUAGUACAGGCCUCUGCGUGGCCACAAAAGGCAGCUACGAUGACAUUAGUUUUACGUUGCAACAAGACCUUUAAACUGGAAUGAAUUAGCAGGAUUUUCCAGGAAUUCAUUCCAGUUUAAACACUCGAAAGUAUGUGUAAAUUAGGUUUAGUUUAGGCACCAGUUCAAGGCAGUGCAGGAGCUGAAACUUUCACUUAGUAUUAGCCUUGCUAUAGACUCAGCCACCCUUUAGAAUCAUUUAAAGUAUUGAUUGCUUUAUUCUACAAUAAAUCUCACUCUCCAAGCCCCUCCAAACACUGCCCA